UUUUUUGUCUGGUCACAGUCUUUUUCUUAUUGGAAAAUUUUUCUAAUUAUUAUUUAAAGGUUCCUCUUCAUUUUUUAAUUUUUAAGGAAUUCGUCUAUAUUUGUUCUUAAAUUUCUAAGAAAUGAGUGCAAGCAAAAGAAGAUUAGUUAAAGAACUUAGCCAAUUAGUUACUGAACCACCAGCAGGUGUUCGUUUACUCCAAGAAGAAAAUUGUGAUUCUCUUAGUUGUUUAAACACACUUUAUGAGGGCGAAGUUUUUCAACUUCAAUUUAAAUUUGAUGAUCAAUAUCCAUUUUCUUCUCCUGAGGUUACUUUCAUUGGUGAAAAUAUUCCUGUACAUCCACACGUUUAUUCAAAUGGACAUAUUUGUUUGAGUAUUUUAAGCGAUGAUUGGACACCGGUUUUUUAUUUUAAAUUUAAAAAUUUACAAAAACUUAAGAAUACGGGCCACUCGCAAAUUCUGUCAAAUUAUACACCCCCAUUUAUUUGCAAGUAG